UUCCUUUCCUCCACUGCUACCGCCGCCGCCGCCGACGGAACAUAAGGCCAGCCUCAGCUGCUCCACUACUUCUUCAAUCUGUGCAGGACCGAAAAUAAUGCUUUUCAUGAGGAAAUUGAGGCAUCAUCUGUUUUCUUUACUUACUAAUAGGGGUUAUAACUCCGUUCGGAUUUCACACCUCCAAAUUCCGGAGAGUUGGAGUCGCGUAAGAAUCUAUGAGCCUCUUGGCUACUCUUUGAGGUACUCAGGUUUUAAAACUGGUGUCUUGGUAGACCUGAACAGAUUCGCGUAUGCAACUCGAUUUUUUGCGAGUAUGACUGGAACGAUCUUGGUCCAGGCUCGAGACCCUGCAAAACUGAGUCUGGAAAUAGAAAAUGCAGUUGAUGAGCGUAGAUAUGCUGAUGUGUGGAAGUUCUUUGAACAACACAUACAGAUGGAUGGGUUUCCUCGAAAAACUGUUGUGAACAAGGUUAUAACAAGUUUUGCUGGAAGCCUUGACAAUACAUGGCUUGAGAAGGCUUAUGGGGUGGUGGAACAAGCUUUUGAGGAAAGUAAACAGAAUUUGUUUGAAAAGGAACCUUUGAUUAAUCUCUCUCUCGGUUUGUCUAAAUGUGGUUUACCAGUUCCUGCAUCAGCUGUUUUGAGGAAGCUGGUACCAACAGAACAAUAUCCUCCUGUGAGUGCCUGGUCUGCAAUCUUGGCCCACAUGUCGCUUACAGCUUCUGGAGCUUACCUUGCGGCUGAGUUGAUUUUUUAGUUAGGUUAUUUAUUCCAAGAUGGGAGGGUAGACCUUCGUAAAAAGAGCAAUGAACCUUUGAUCGCUAUGAAGCCUAAUACUGCUGCUUUCAAUGUUGCUUUGGCUGGGUGUCUUGUUUGAGACCACGAGAAAAGCGGAGCAGCUCCUUGAUGUGAUGCCUCGAAUUGGUGAAAAAGCAGAUGCGAACUUAUUGAUCAUAAUGGCUCACAUAUACGAGAGAAAUGGGCGAAGAGAAUAGCUAAGAAUCGGUCGGAAUCCAGCUAAGAAUCGGUCGGAAUCCAGCGAAGAAUGUUGAAAACUUAAGCCUGACGACACCGGCGAUUGGAGGGCCCAAUGAGUCAGGAACCAGAGGGAUAUUGGAUGACGGACGAUGGGGAAGGUGAUGGAGGUGACCAGGGGUUUUGCCGCCAUCGAAAAUGGCCCAGAUCCAGUGAAAAUCAAGACGGUGCGAAGUCACUGAGGGUGUAAUUGAAGUGAUUUGAAAAUAAGAUGGUUAAUUUUAUAAUUUUAGUAAUUUAGAGGUUAAAACAUAAUUUAUUAAUAUAGGGUUAAUUAUGGUAAUUGUACCCUUACUA